AUGACCAUCAUCUCCACCACAGAUCUUAACUUUACUGACUAUGAGUAUGUGCAAUUUUUUGAAACAUUUAAAGACGUCAUAAGCAACAAGUUUCUAAGACCUGUGAGAAACUGGACAAUCCCUGUGCAGCUGAACAUCACUUUGACCCUCUAUGAGAUCAUUGGCGUGGAUGAGAAAUCCCACAUUUUGAAAACAUACAUCUGGCUCCGGCAGUUUUGGUAUAAUGAAUUCUUGGUUUGGGACCCAAAAGACUUUAAUGGAUUGGCAAAAGUAUCUAUCCCAGUGGACAACAUUUGGCGUCCUGACAUCUAUGUCUAUGAGUUUGUGGAAGAAGACUUAUCUCCACAGAUCCCAUACCUGUAUGUGAGAAACACAGGCAGAGUCACUCACGAUAAACCCUUACGCAUCAUCAGCUCCUGCAACUUGGACAUCUUCUACUUUCCAUUUGACAUCCAGACAUGCACUCUGUCCUUGGGUUCCUAUUUGCACACAGCAAAGGAUAUAGUGCUGGACCUGCUUCAAACACCGGAGGAAAUCACUCGCGAAUCAAAAGUCAACAUCCAGAGCAAAGGAGAGUGGGAACUGCUUUUUAUAGAGGCUCACACAACAACAUGGCAGCUGCAAGGUGAAGACUGGUCCAAAGUCAUCUUUAAGGUGAGGAUGAAAAGGAGGCCCCUGCUAUACUUAGUCAACCUCAUUGUUCCCAGUGCCUUUCUCAUGGUGAUCGACCUUUUCAGCUUCUAUUUGCCCUUACACAGAGUAGAUCGUGGGGCUUUCAAAAUGACCCUUCUUCUUGGGUACACGGUGUUCCUACUCAUCAUGAAUGACCUACUGCCCAACAAUGCUGGUGGCACUCCAAUUAUAGGUAUCUAUUUCUCUGUAUGCCUAGCCUUAAUGGUCAUAAGCCUAAUGGAGACAAUUUUUGUCAUGAAUAUUUUACAUCAGACACGGUCCAAUGUGCUUGAAGUUCCACCUUUUCUCCGAACUCUGACUUUUAGUAUCAUUGCAAAACUCAUCUGUUCUGAGCCCGCUGAUGAAGAAAAGGGCAGUAUGGAGAACGAGGUCCAGCAAGUUUUGGAUAUGCCUGAGAACCUGAAGAGUCCUCCACUAACACAGAUGCUCUUGAAGAAGCUUUCUGAAGAUAUCUUUGCCAUUCGGAGUCACUUGGACAGCAAGAAUAAGAAGGCACUCAUGCAAAUUUACAUCAACUUCCUUCUCAGUAAACUGGCCAACAGGUCAGGAAUAUUUCAGCUUAGCUUCUCCCUGUCAUGCACAAUGUAUUGGAAGCCAUUAACUGAUAAUGGUAGCAGUAUCCAGUUCUCCUAA